UUGAUUCUACAUAAGCUUUUAUUGGAAUACUACUUCCAUUGGAAUACUUCAUGGCGUUAAAAUAAAACUCUGGUUGUGCACAUAAAGUUGCUGAGAGUAAAAGAGUCAAGUAACAAAAUAGUGGAUAGCACAUAAGUUAUUAUUAAUAACGAUUUUUUUAGGAAAAAAUACUUUAUUGAUGUAAAUUAAGUUGGUGUAUGUAAAUCUACGGUUAUUUAAUGAGUUAACGUUGCAAAAGCAUUUCAUUGAAAAAAUAUAUAGUCCUAGCGAAACAGCGUGUGGAAAAAUCAAUAUUUUCCCAUAACAGACAAGAGUACCAACAAUAAUAGUAAUAUCAAAAAAAUAACUGUUACAAAAAUAAAUUAAACAAUUGAAACAAAAUGAGAUUAAUGAAAAUAAGUGAAAACAACAAUAUCAAAUCAAUUCGCAUUUAAAAAUUGGAACUUGCUACAUCAUAUACAGAUGACUAUGAACGCAGCUACCAGAAUGAUAUCAUGAAUGUAAUAAAACGCAUGUCAACCGAAGAAUCUUAACCUAAUAUACAUACGUAUAAUUGUUUGCACGCCAAAAUCAAAGGAUAUAUCCAAUUGUACCCUUCAGCUGGAUAUUUCAACCGUAUAUUAUUUUUGUGCAUUUCAUGUUUCUUAAUCGCUUUUUAAUGGACGUCACGAUCGGUCCCGAAACACGUCUUCUGCGACAAACCGCGGAAAUCGCUAUGUUUCUCCUAAUUUUGACUCAGAAUGUCCCACACAUCAGCUGCAGUUCCAAAGUUAUCGACUCUAAAGUCGGAGAUGGUUACGCAAGUUGGGCUGCCAUACAGGCAACAGGUGCAUUUGGCAGUCCAUUCACCGUAAAACCAGCAGACGCCGAUACGCAUCGCUUAAAAAAAAGAAUGGAUUUGGAACUAUGUUUGGGCAAAUAUGAAAUCCACAAAAACACUAUUAUUCGCACAGGCGAAUCACAAACACUUGGUGGCAAGUACUUACAAGGUCUUGAGCUCGACACCACUGAGGAAUGUCAACGUCUCUGUUGCGAAACGGAAUCCUGUGACGUUUAUGUCUUUGAAGAUAAAAGUGACGGUUAUUGUUACCUUUUCGAGUGUGGUCCACCUGAAAAUUUUCAUUGUAAAUUCACUCGUCAUACUAAUUAUACCAGUGCUGUGCUGACAGUCGCACACAAUUUGAAUGAAAAGACUACAAAAGCCCCAAGUGCAACAGAAGUGGUUGGUACCAAAAAUUUUUCGCAACAAGAGUGGGAAUUAACACGUUUAAAAGUAAAACCUGAAACGCAUGAUAAAAUGACGUCUGGAGCAGUUGGAUCGGGAAAGGUGCCUGUAGACAUUUCCACAGUAUAUAUGGUAGGAACGCCUGUCACCGCCACUUCUAGAGGAAACACGAAUAUAUUGGCAACAGCGGCACCAGAACCCAUGCUAGGAGCAGACCGAAUACCACCAAUGAGCUUGGCUUUUCCACAAAAUGUGUAUCCACCCCAUUGUGGACGUUUUCAGUUCCCCUGUCAUUCCGGCGAAUGUAUUGCUAUCUAUAAUGCCUGUGAUGGUAUACCACAAUGUGAAGAUGGUAGUGACGAAGGACCGGAAUGCUCAGGAGCUACCUCAACGGCAAAAUCGGAUGGUGACACUGCCUCCGCGAUCAAUGUAGAAACUAAAGGUCAAAAGUUUGCUUCAGUGUCCCAAUAUCAGUCACCUCCUCUACAAGAUGUCGCAAAAUCACAAUUAAUCUCUAUGUCAGAAUUACAUCAACGACAACAGAAGGAGAGGCAGCAGUUAGCUCAACAAAACCUGUCUGGGGUUGCCUCCCCGCUGAUAAAUAAUCGUGAGGACGCUGCGGCUUGGGAAACUCGAAAAGCGGUUAGUCCCCGUCCGCAAGAGCAAGCAAUAAAUGAUGAUAUGAAAAAUCGCAUCUUCAGCCACAAAGGAGGAAUACAAGUGCCGACAACAGGUGUAAAUGCCAACAAUAGUCCCAAUAGUGUGCAGACCAACAGUUAUGCUAAUACAGAUACAAACAACAAUCCAAACAUCAAUUUGAAUCCAGCUUAUAACACUGUAACUUUGCAGCGUAACGGUAUUUACGUACCCCAAAUAACAGAUUUUACAACCGGCGAUAUGUACGUACCGCAACAGCAACAACAACAGCAAAUUCCAACACAACAACAAUAUGUCGUGCCAGUUGCUAUGAUGCCGUCGAAUGUGCAGUGGCAAAUUCAACAGUCAAAGCAAAUGGUUCUUACACCGCAAACGCACAUUUCACAACAACAACAAUCACUGCCAUUACCAUUGCAGCCACGGCCACCUUACAAUAUGAACUUAGUAGAUCAGCAACAACAAGCAAUUCCGGUAGCAGCCAAGGAAGCCUCUGAACAGUCUGUAAGAUACGUAAAUGCUCCCGCAGUAGCAUCGUCGCUACAACACAAAACAGAAGUAAUUGAUUCUCAACAGCAGUCAGUCGUACCUGUGACAUUACCGAAUGGGUCGCUAGUUGUUUCGAAAUCUGUAUCAGGAGAAUCUAAUACUAUACAAGCAGCAGCAUCUAACGUCAAAGUUAAAGAGCAAAAUAAUGAAUACGAGGAGGAAGAAAUGUCAACAUAUUCACCAAAAAAGAAGCAAAAAUAUCAUAAAAUGACCAACCUUCCGAAAAGUGAAAAGGUUAAAAGUCAGCUGGAUCCAAUAGAAUUAACUCUUGAAGAACAAAGACAACGUGUUAUUGUCCCCUCCCCCGUGCACGAACAAUAUAAAUUGAUACACGACAAUCUUGGUUUCGAAUUUCGAGAUCAUGACGGACAAUCUGAGCGACCAGGUGGUGCUAUGCUCUCUUUAACGCUUGGUUUACUUGUCACAGCAGCUCUGGCCAUAAUGAUUGGUUGCCGAAUGCGUACAGUCAGUCGGCGCACACGUCGUAUGGGCGGAAAAGCGCCUUAUUCACAUGAGGCAGAUUUUUUAGUAAAUGGAAUGUAUUUGUAAGGAAAAGAUCAUAUAACAAAUAUUGAGAACUCACAUUUUAGACUUUCCAACACACUAACCUAGAGCGGCUGUGGUGAUUCUAGCAAAAAAAAAUACCUAGAAGAGAUUUUCAUACUAACAAAUGAGUGAUUUAUUUACAUACUGACAAAGACCACAUAGCUAUAGCCUUAUUACAAACACUAUAUACUAUAUGUAUAUAUAAUGGCACUUAACCCAAAUAUGUAUGAAAGAAAGUGAAAAGUUUUCGCUACCUGUAAGUUUCGGAUGUUUUGGUAGAAACAUUAGAUAUACAUAUGUACAUAUGUAUGUAUGAUAACAAAGUUGAACUGCUGUAGAGAAAAAAGAAAACAUACUUUAACGGAACUGAAUUAACGGUAAAAUGAAAUAUUUCUAAAUUAUUAAAAAUACAUAUAAAUUCGAUAUUAUUUAAUAUUUUUUUCUUUUGGAAACAUAAGAAGUUAACUUUUACUAAUGAGCUGUAAAAAUCAGUAGAGCUUGUUAAUCUCAGGGUUGUAAGGGAAAUUUAUUUCUGCUACUUGUAUUGUUAACUCUUUUAUUGUGAAAUAUUGCUUUAUUUUCUUCUCUCUAUUGAUGUUAAGGUUUUAUAUUUUCUGCCCAUUAUCCACGUAUACUUCGUAGGUCUUUUCCCGCAAAUAUUAUUUGUACAGUGCACAGUACAGUAGGGCUCCAAAAAGCAUGUGUGAUGAAACACAUCAUCGAAAUUCUAAUUUUGUUAUUUACAAAACAUAUGAUUCUACAUAGCACAUAAAAAUAAUUUUGUUUUCAAUACAAUUUAAUAGCUCACCUAGAUACCUAUAGACUUGUGUAGAGAGAGUAGAAGGCAAUUCCCUCACUGAAAUCAGCAAAUUGUGUGCAAUAAAUAUCCAUACACCGUGCUGUAAUCAUUCGAAAUAACGGUCGUAACUAAAAUGUUAAAUGUGGUUUUGUACAAAUGAAUUUGCACAUGAAAACAUAAUAUUUCACUUGUGUAAGAUAGAUAUUGUAUAUUCUACCACUUAUCACAUUAUACAUUUGAAAAGGUAUGUUUCAUAACAGUCGAAUUUUGUCAACGACGCCAAUUCGGCAAUACUGCAACCGAAAUUAUACAAUUUUCUCUCAUCAUUUACGGUGUAAUACCUUGGGAUUAGUUCAAGCUAAAUUUUUACCCAUUCCAUAAAAUCACUCCUUACCAAUUUUAAAUAACUGAAACUUGGCGUUCGUUAGCGCAAUUUAUUUUCAUAAGUACAUCUGAAAUUCUCAGUAAUCGAACCGCUACUUUUAGUCUUAUAUUCCAUGUUCAAAUUUUUAAGUUCGUACAUAUCAUCAGAUGGAUUUUUACCUUCAAACGAUUUUCGAAAACCUUUCUUUGAUUUGUGUGUAUUUUGUCAGUGCGAAAUUUUCGAGAAAUCGAUAUUAUUUUGCAUUAUCGGAUAGUAUACACUGUAAUAAACAUAUUCUCAAAUUUUGAAAUCUAAAUUCAAAUUACUACGGUCGCUAAAGCGUUUCUUGUAGAAAGGGAAUGGAGUCCUUAACAUAGCGACUCCGAUCUUUAAACGCGUUUUUCUAAGAAUGGUGUUUUUCCAAACGGGUUUCCACUCUCAAUAGAAGAGUUUUGAACAUAUCUAGUUCCAAUUUAGAGAAAACAAUUUUAACGUCAUUCGGUAUCGCGCUAUGGAAGCUUUUAUUUUAUUCGUAAUUCGUUUUAUUCGCUUUUUUUGUAUUUGUAAUGAAUGUAUUUAUUUAUAAAAAAUCAAAACGAUUAAUAAAUUUCAACAUCAAAAAGAAAUCGCGAAAAUCAGUGAUUUUUCGGAGGGUCACACUGAGACCGAUCCCUUAAGUAAAUAAAAUAUUUGUAACUCAUUGGUAAUUUGAAAAUGUAGAACUUUCCUAGAAAAUACGUUUUACUCUACAAUUUUCAUCUAAAUUUAUGGUUAUUUACUUUUAUACAUCGAUUUUACGACAGUCGCUUUUUUCAGACCACUAAAAUAUUUUUAACUGUACACAUACAUACAUGCAUAUAUGUAUACUAGAUCUCUUGAUAUUGGACUAACCAACUAUUCGGUUUGUAGUAUCCGGAUAGUCGUAAAUCGUCGACUAAUCGAUUAACCGUCCAUUUGCGACUAUUCGAUUAAUUGUUCAUAAUCGGCUAUACGAACCGUAAGCGUUUAACUUCUAAAAAUUGUAUCUGCGUAUAUAAGAUUAUAAAAACUUUGACGUACAUAUAUAGACGUACAAUUGGCUUUUCACAAAUUUAAAAGAAGGAAAAAUCAAAGCCUGCUUGGACUUCAAACAAUUUUGAUUUAUUCAAAUGCUCGCAAUAUGUAGAACAACGCAGUGUUACGACUAUUCGAAUCGUUUUAUUCACACCAACGAUUACAAAGCGGAUAUUCAAAUAAUCGGUUUUGAAGUUAUUAGAAUAAAUUUAAGAGCUCUAAUACAUAUGUAUGUACAUAAUUAGCUUAAAUUAAUAAAUUGUUUGUUUCUUUGUACCAUCAUAUCCACAACAUCCUGCGUAUUUCUAAUGAGUAUGAUGUAUAACGUCCAGAUUGUGAUGUGAUUUGGUUUCAUUAUACUUUUCAGGUCAAAUAACAAAUAACAGUGGCAGUAAGCUAAAUUGUAUUACGAAUAAGUUUCGAUGCGAAACAUAUUCACAGAUUCAUAUGUACAUACAUACAUAUGUAAUACCGAGUAAACAUAUACUAUAUGUACUCGGUAGAUUCGAUAGGCAUGAACAUUUUAUAAAUGUGAAAGAUUUAUGUAAACAAAUGAUAAAUAUUAAAAUGAAAUAAAAUUCAAACAUGUAGUUUA